AUGGACCCUGGGGUGGACGCCGGGGUUCCGUGGAUUCAAGGGCAAGCUCCAGUGUACACAGGUGCUUUCCGGGACAACAUCCGCGCCUUCUUGAAGGAGUAUGGGACCCCUGUUGUAGACCUGGGCCUGCCACUCGUCUCUUGCUGGAACGUGGAGCUGCGAAGCCAGCAGAGCGAUGUGAGGCUGCAAGUCUACGAGGAGCGAUUGCAUGACCAAUCGCCCUCAUUCUGCGACCCAUGCAGGAUCAUUGGCUGGCAGCACCACGCAGUGUGCACACGCCGCUACCACUUCAUCUUGCCUGCCCACUCGGACGCCAAAAUUGCUCGGGAGCAUGCCAACCUGCCCGCGCUCGUGGCCCUGGGCCUGGCUGCCACAAGUGGCAAGCUGCUGGCACUGCCCGCUGGCGGGCAGAUCAUGACACUGUGGGACCGGCUGUGCGAGCUGCUGCGAGCCAGGGAGGUCAGCGUUGAGGACGUCUCAAACAAGGCGGGAAUGGAGUUGCGCGUGCUGCACAUGUCGGCGUUCCGUAAUACCUGGUACGGGCGCUGGGGCUACGCCUUUGGCCGCGGCGGCUUCGGCAUUUCGCGCGCCGCAUGGCGCCGUGCGGCAGACGCCGUGCACAAGACUCUCCUGGCCGAUGUCCUGGCCGACUUCCAAGGCUCCGACCCUGCGCUGGCCCACAUCAUCGAGCGCUCUUCGGUGCCGCAUGGGGGCAGCAAGAAGGCCCUGACUACGCUUGGAGAGGUGCUGCAGCGGCUGCUGCAUUUCCUGUCGCAUGCAGACGAGGCAGCGCCUGUUCUGGAGUCCAGGGGAUCAACGCCGGCCCCUUUGCGCGACCCUCCCAGCCCCGUGAAGACUCCAGCAUCCUCCAAGCAGCACAAGCCUCCGCCCUCGGGGAAGAGCACCAGCAAGAAGCGCCCUGCAGGCAAUGAAGCUGGCGCCAGCAGUACACCGGCCAAGCGGGCUGCGCUCAAUGCGCCUCCCCUUUCUGAAGUGCCACAGGCGGUGCUUGCAGCAGAUCUGCAGCCGAGUGAGGGCGUGCUGGAGCCAUUGGAUGGGCGGUGGUGGAAGAAGCGAUGGAGCGGUGACCGUGCCAAGAGUGCACUGGCCGCCGCCGUGGCCGCCCUGCAGAAGCGGCGGGGGCAGUGGAUGUCGGCCAGCUGGCUGCGCAAGGCAAUGAAGCCGCGCGUGGCAGAGGCCAGCCUGCUGGAGUAUGUCAUCGGCACCAUCGGCAAUCGCAGCGUGCUCGGUGCCAACAUCACCAUGCGGAUGCACCCGUCAUCGCCCGAGCAGUACUUUCUCCUGGAGCAGCUCGCGGGCUCAGCGGAUUUAGCUGUUCUCCAGCAGAGCUACAGCCAUGGGCAGACUGAGGAAAAUGUAGCCAGCGCUGGCAGCCCAGAUGCAGAGAACCAGGGCAGCGUUGCAGAGCCAGACCCACAUGAAAUCGAGGUGGGCACAGGGCAGCAAGCUGCCGCUGUUCCCAGGGGGUCGCAUGAGCCUCAGCCAGACUUGCAAGCGGCAGGGCCGUGUGGAGAGUCAGAAAUAGAGCGUGUGGAUAUCGUUCCUGGUGAGGAUGUUCACGUGGGGGCUGUCGGAGCAGGAGCAAUGCCAGAUGUGCUGCUGAAGAUUAAGCCCACCAGUGACCAGAAUGGCGUGGCUGGUGCAUCCCCUGGCCUGUCCCGGCCGAUCCCUGCUGCCUGCACGCGGCCGCGCUCCCGGCUGGGCAAGGCGAAGAACGGCAGGAAGCUGGCUGGCGCCACUGCGGAUGAUGGGGCGCAGACGCCUGGCAAUGCUGUGCAUGGGUGGGCAAAGAAGGCGGCGCACCUCAACAAGGCGCUCUCGGGUGUUGACACCUCACUGCUUGGCGCACCCCAGCCUAACCCUUCUUCCAGCCGCCUCCGGCAUACACCACAGGUGAACUAUUCGGAGAAGAAACGGCGAGAGAACCUGAAGCUGGAGGCAGCCGUCAAGCGCCAGCGCAUCAGCUAUGCAGCGCAGCCCGCUGCAGGCGGAUGUGCCCCCCCAGUCAGGUGGUUCCCCUGGCGGCGCCUCAGUCCUGGAGCACGCUUCACUCCUCAGGUGCUGAGGGAUGUCAAGCACUUUGUGAAGGACUACCAGGGCGACGUUCUGCAUCCCUCGGCUGCCUCAAGCACCAAGUCAGGCUCACCACAGGGCGAGGUGCGGCUUAUGGUGAGGGUGCAGAUAUCAGACCAGGCGAAUGCAGCCACCGCUGCCAUCUCAGCCGCUAGGAAGCCCGCAGAGGAGCGCAUGUCCCCAGGCUCUGCUUCAAAGCAGGGUGGCAGAGGGGCCGGGCGCGCAGGUCGAGGAGGGCUGCGGCGGAGGCCAAUGCGGAAGCGCGCAAUGGCGGGGCCGCCCCCAGAGCUGCUCCUGCUCUCCCGGAAGGCCACCAUCCCACAGCUGCGCAAGGCGGUGGCUGCUGCUCUCCGCGACACAUACCGCAUGUUCAACCACAUCGAGGUGGAGGGUGUGGAAGGGCUGGAGGUUGGGGAUCAACAGCGAGGACGACUGGCGGUGGUUGCUGAUGGCACGCAGGUCACUGUGCAUGGCAGCGGCAUCGAUGUCGACCCUCUGUGGCGCCAUGCAGGGGGGGUGGAGGAGUGGCAGGUGGCGUGCAGCUGCGGCACUCGUGACGACGAUGGGGAGCGCAUGAUUGCGUGCGAUGGGUGCUGCGAGUGGAGCCACACGCGCUGCGCUGGCUUUGCCGACGCGCUGCCCUCGCCUGAUCACUUUCUGUGCCCCCGCUGCGCCCGCCUGCCCCCGGGGCAGCGACCAGCGGCCUUGGAAUCAGCGCCAGCUGGUUUUAAUGGCACAGACGGCGCAACUGGCGUAGAAGGGCCCACAGGACCCUCUGGUCAGAAUGGUGGCACAGGAGCCACCGGCUUUUCUGGCCCUUCAGGAGGCACCGGACCCACUGGCCCUACAGGAGGCACCGGACCCACUGGCCCUACAGGAGGCACCGGACCCACUGGCGCCACCGGCCCCACCUACCACCAGGCUGGCCCGGCCGGCGGCGGUGGAGGAGCGCCCUUUGAUGACGGAUAUGGGCACACCAUCACCAGCAUCACUCUCUACGACACAAUCGCUGGGAAUCCAUCCCCUGGCUUAGUCGGCCCGGGCCCGUCGCAGCUCGUCUUGGGCAUCAGCAUCACAUACGCUGACAUUGGCUCCGUGCUGCACGGCGGCAUAGACACAGACCCCGCGACUGGCAGCUCAUACUCCCUCACCAUUCCCCCCGGCCAGGUCCUCUCCGGUAUCUUUGGCAGCACCGGCUUUGACCUCUCUAAAAGCAGCACCCGCAUCGUGCGCACCCUGGGCUUUAUUCUGAGCGGGGGAACUGUCUUUGGCCCCUACGGAGAUGUUGGGGGAACCGUUGGGGGGGACCCCCAAUUCUUCUCGUACAACGGAACCAUCUCAGGCUUCUUUGGGAGGUCAGCCGCAGCAAUUGAUGCCAUUGGCGUGUGGGUGGCUGACGGCACCCAGUGAGAAGUGUGUGCCUCUGGCAGAUCUGCCAUAAAUAUUUGCGAGCACUGUGCACCGGGUAGCAUUCAAGCAUACGUCUGGCAUUUCUUGGCGCAUGAAAGGGGUCUUGCGCUCUUUGAAUGCCACUGUUUGAAUGCCACCUGUUCAGUGCACAGCGACUGCAUGCACUGCGCUUUUUCCGCAUGCAUGACUUAGAUGAUGGCUCCAGACGCCGGUGUUGCACCUUGCCGACAGCACUGCAUGGCGCCAUGCAGUGCUGUCGGUGGCUGUAUACAGGUAUCGGUGGUUGUACACAUGUGAUGGCUAUGUUGCUCGCUACUGUUGCUGAAUUGUCUUGUGGACACCCAUGACGAGGACUCAAAAGAUGUCACAGGAUUGCAUCUUGUGUUCUGUGACAGUUCGACUCGGAGAGAUAAUACAAGGUAGCGCCAAUUGGCCUAUAUUGCAACAAUCAGUGCAGAACCGGUACCGUUGUGCCUGAUAAUUUUUUGGUAAUGUAUGUGGCAUGCGCUGUUCUCUAUUCAAUAAUAGUGAAAUGAGCCUCUUGACACAAUUUCCUUUGUACUGGGAUAUCUUGCAUGUUGGCAGUGGCCACUGUUCAUAAUUUCAAAAUAUUACUGCGCACUAUCUAUCAUAUGUUAUUUCUGGUCCAAGAGACUUCCGUUGGCUUGGUCAUAUUGGCGCCAGUAUGCCGGCGGGUUGAAAGAGAAUACAUUGCACAUGAGUGUACAUAUAUAUUCAGCUCAAGAAACGUCCGGAACUAGAGCAAGCCCUUAAGGUGGAGACUUCUGAAGAAUUGGAGUUCGAAUGAUUGUGUGAGGGAUGAUUAAUCAUAUUGAAAUAUU